GUUUUUUUCAUAAAUCUUUCAAGAGAAAUUUCUUUUUUCUUUUAAAGUUUGUUGUUUGUGCUCUCCACACUGGGCACAUUGCCAUUAUUCCGCGGCCAUGGUUGUAUAAAGUUUGUGGAAUAUGGAAAUGCCGAUGGACUUCCUCCUUCGAAAAAACUAAAAACUACAGUAUAUUUAAUCCAAACUGGAGAGAGUAUGAAAUUACAAAAAUUUAUGCUAAGACAGAUGCCUUUAACAAAGCAGAAAAUAUUCAAGCAGACCAAUCUGGCAAGUCUGAUGGAUCAGCGGUAACACUGACUGAUGUUGAAAAUUCUAUAACUUCAGCUACAAUACCGCUUGGUGCUACACCUUACAAAAAAAGAUUAAGAACGCUGCCAAAUAUAGAUAAUAGCUCUGAAGAAUUUGGAAAGAAAAUAAUGAAAAUUAGAACAAGAAACAGUUCUCCUGUCUAUAAAGAUUAUAGUGAAAGUGAUGACAGCGAACAAUCAGAUUGCAGCAAGAAUUCACAACAAAUAAAAUUGAAAUCACUUCCUAACUUUCCACUGCUUUUAAAAGAAAACCAACCUACAGCAAGCCUAAUGACAAUGAAAGAUAAAGAAUCCCUUCAAUCUGUAAACGCAAAUGAAGUUAAAGUUUCAAGUACUAUUAUGCAACCAAGACAUGAAGCACGCAGUUUGGAAUUGACCAACUUUGAGUUGUCAGACAUUUCAGAACAAGAUGACUUAAAUUUAAAGGACUCUUCUGUGAAUGAUGACGAUUCACUGCAGUCACUGUUAAAGAAAUUACAUGUUAUUACUCUAAAGUCAUAUCAAAGCAUUAAAGAAUUAACUUUGAGAGUUUGUAGAAUAGAAGAUGAUUUGUGCAAGAUGAAAUUGUCGCUAGUAGGAAAUAUAGCGGAGGACAAUCAAGACCAAAUGUUUGUAAUGGAGCAAUACAAGACUAGUGAUACUUUUCAAAAUUUUUGUAAAAUGCUAGAAGAGGAUUCUGUGUUUCGAAAGUUAGUGAUAAAGUUCAUGAUUAUUAACUAUGGUCAAAAAUCAAUUUGGCCUUGUGUUAGAUCAAUAUUAAGAGCAUCUUUAUCAGAUAAUCUAAUGACUUUGUUUAAUUGUACAGGCUCAAGGGGCCAAAGUGAAAAAGUUGAGGCUUUUGAUAACAUAAAGAAAAUACCAUCUGUAAGCAAACUUUUGUAUCCCCAUUCCUAUGAACAAAGUUAUGUAAGCUCUAGUGUUUUAUCAGGAAGUGAUUUGUUACCGUCAAAGGAAGAGUUUCAUAAUGUUCAAGGUUUUGGCUGUUUUGAUAUAGAUGACUCUAUUGCAUGGAAAUCAAUAAAUGCAGUAGAAAAGGCCGCAGACCUUUUUACUGAUAACUUAAGCAAUAACGAUGAAAGUAAUGACCUGACGUUUAAAGAAGAUCUAGCCCAAUGGGCUGUGCAAUGUUCGGUGCCUCUAGCAACAUUAACAUCAUUAUUAAAAGUUUUGCAUAAUCACUUUAGUGUAGAUCUGCCAACACAAGCUACAACGCUAUUAAAAACGCCUUGCAAAACUAACUUUUGUCUUUCAGGUGGUGAUUAUACCUACUUUGGAAUAAAAGAUGGUAUUUUGAGAACUAUUUUUAAAAAAGAUCUAGAUUUUGUUGAGUUAAUAUUCAACAUUGAUGGCCUCUCUAUCCAUAAAAGUACAAAUGCUUGCCUCUGGCCAAUUCAAUGUCGUGUUGAUAAUGUGCGUGAAAACAGUCCAUUUGUUGUGGCGUUGUUUUGCGGUGUACAGAAGCCAACUAGUUUGGAAUUCUUGGAAGAGUUUACUUUAUAG